GAACGAAGAGAUCGCCGACGCGCGACCCAUUCGAUUUCGAUCUCCUAAAAAACCUACUUUUGACCACCUUGCAGUUUCGUCACGGUUCCCGCCAAUCGAUACAAUCUUUGUAUCAUAUAAAACCCUAAUUUAUCUCUCUGGACUCUACGCACAGAGGAGGAACUAAAAGACUUUUAGGUAUUCGAGGUUUGGAUAUAUGUCCCUCAAUCAAUCAAGGGCCGAGAAGAGCGAGUCGACACAGUACAGGAGAUUGGGUCGAUCCGGGAGCUCUGGUCAGCCCAGGAACUCUUCUGGUGGUAGCGGGAAGGGCGGCGGCGGCGGCACCGCCCCUCCACCUCCGUAUUCAUCCAAUCGAAGCUUUAAGAAGCCUAAUAAUGCACAAGGAGGGCAAUCUAGGGUAAGCGCUGCGAGUGUGAAUUCAGAUUCUAAUACUGCUUCUGCUGCCCGGACUGUGCAGAAUGGUGCACAUUUACAGCACCAGUUACAUGGAGAAUCUGAUGCACCAGUCACGGGUGUUACUGUCAAGCAAACUGAUAUGGCUCAGAAAAGCACCCGAGCUGUUCCAAAGGCUCCAUCUUCUCAUUCGGCUACUGUCAAUACUGAUAUCACAUCGCCUGCAACACCUGCAAAGGCCCCAGGAGCUGUGUCUAGGUCGUUCCCUCUUCAAUUUGGAUCCAUAAGUCCUGGUUUCAUAAAUGAUAUGCAGAUACCUGCUCGAACUAGCUCAGCACCCCCAAAUUUGGAUGAGCAGAAACGUGACCAGGCACACCAUGAUUCUUUACGAGCGGUGCCCACAUUGCCAAUUCCUUCUGCUACUAAAGAGCAACCACCAAAGAAGGAUGCAGGUGGUGUUGACCAAGCUAAUACUGUUGAAGCUCUUCCUAUUCCCAAGGCCAAAAAGGAUAUUCAAGUUUCCUCUGCAGCCGCUGUCGCCCAGACUCAGAAGCCUUCUGCUCAUCCCAUAACUGGGAUUUCUAUGCCGAUGCCAUUUAACCAGCCUCAGAUUCCCGCUCAGGGAAUGGCAGCCACUUCAAUGCCGAUGCAAAUGCCAAUGCCAUUACCAAUAGGAAAUCCUCAAGUGCAGCAGCAGGUAUUUGUUUCAGGUCUUCCACACAUUCCAUUGCAGCCUCAAGGGAUCAUGCAUCAGGGCCCAAGCUUGAAUUUCUCGUCUCCAAUGGGUCGGCCGCUGCAUCCUCAAUUAAGCAACGUGGGAAUUAAUAUAACCCCACAAUUCCCCCAACAGCAGACAGGAAAAUUUGGUGGCCCUCGUAAACCUAUCAAGAUAACACAUCCAGAGACACAUGAAGAGUUAAGACUUGAUAGAAGGACAGAUAUGCAUAUGGAAAGUGGGUCAUCAGGCCCAAGAUCAAAUUCUAAUAUGCCUCAUCAAUCCCAACCUAUUCCACCAUUUGCUCAUCAUAUGAAUUACUACCCUAAUUCUUAUGAUGCCAGUCCUCACUUUUUUCCAGCUCCAAGUUCUCUUCCUCUAACUAGUACCCAGAUUGCUCCUGGUUCCCAGCCACCAAGGUUUAACUACACAGUUAGCCGAGGCCCACAGACUGGAUCUUUCACAAAUCGAUCUGCUCUCAAUUCCUUUUCGAUUAAUAAAACUGACACCUCUUCACAUGUCUUUGCUGAAGCAUCUAAUUUGGAACAUUCUCGUGAUGCUCAAAAUUCAAUCUCAUCAGCUCCAGCUUCUGUACAGGUGACAGUGAAACCAGCUGCAGACAAAGAAAAGGUUGCUGAUUCAUCAUUGUCAGUUAACUCAGCUGCUGCUGAAAAAGGCCCUUCUCCUAAAUUCCCAACGUCACUUGUGGAAGUUAGCUCAAUUUAUCCUCUAAGGGAUUCAGAGUCUUCUUCUAGAAGCUCUUCGCAGAAAUCAAAUCCUGGUCCCGAACCAACGCCUACAUUGUUGCCCGCGGCAAUAAAACAAUCUGCUGCAGUACCUCCUGCUUUUUCUGCAGGGAGACCAGCUUCCAACACUUCCUCUUCUGCUGCUCCUCCUCUUGAGGAAUCUACAUCAGUUGUGACCAGUCGCAGUGAAGGCCCAAGAAGGGAAAUUAGUAGUAGUUCUGACUCCUUUAAGGAUCAGCAGAAGAAGCCAGGAAAGAAAGGACAUUCCCAACCACAGCAUCAGGUUGGUGGACAGCUUGCUUCCAAUUCGAGCUUGCCUUCUCACUCAUUAGAACAAAUUGUUUCUUUCGAUUGUAGAACUGCAGAAAGUAUAGAAGCUAAAACAGCUACUGCUUCAUCAGGAACCAGUGGAAUUGUCAUUGAGACUACUGGGGAACCACUGUUAACCUCUGGUGUUUCUACUUGUGAUGCUUCUGAUUCAAAAAUUUAUACUGCCGAGGAAGGCUCAAUACGCGAGUCAUUGGAAACAAUUGGUUGUGCUGGCAUAGUUGUUCAGACCUUGGACAUUGACCACCGUGCUCAGCAAGAUGAACGGCUAAGACGUGAAACUGCAGGAACAAAGGAACAAGGAGAAACAGUGAUGUGUGAGGGGACCAAACAAGAUGAAAAUAGCUUUGAGACAUCCUCAGAAUCUAUUUCUUCAAAAUCUCCAGAAAUCAUUAAUCAAAUUGAACGGAGCCCUGUUCUGAAGUUAACAACUAGUGGCAAUGAUGUUCAAUCCUUGGAAAUUGCACAGAGGGAGAUUGAAGCACCUGCUGGUUGUUGUAAAGAAGACGACAAAGUGGCUGAUAAUUCACUGAUGUCCACUUCCAAAGUGCUGGAUACCAUAAAUGCCGAAACUUCUUCAUCGACUCUUGGCUUAUGUACAACUUCUCAUGGUGAUAAGACUGUGACUUUGGAUGUCUCUUCAAGUAGAAGUGAUAGCAUGGGUAGGGAAUUAGUAGUUACAGAACCUGGUUUGUUAGAUCAGGACUCUAUUUUGACUCCAUCUGCUUCAGAAGUAACAGUUAAACAUGAAGAAGGAAUUCAGAAUAUUGGUUCUGGGCCGGUUUCUGUAUUGGAAUCUGGUUCCAAGGACAAACCUGUGCCAGAACUUUAUAGGACAAGAAGUAUUGUGGGUAAAGGAGGUAAGAAGAAGAGAAAAGAAAUUCUGCAAAAAGCAGAUGCUGCUGGGACAACAUCUGAUCUUUACAUGGCGUAUAAGGGUCCAGAGGAAAAGAAAGGAACUGUUCUUUCUUCAGAAAUCACUUCUACUAAUAAUUUGAAGCAAGUGCCUAUUGAUUCUUCCAAGGAAGAUGCUGUAUUGAGUGAAAUAAGUGGGCAGAGUAAAGCUGAGCCGGAUGAUUGGGAAGAUGCUGCUGACCUCUCCACUCCAAAACUGGAAACUUUGGAUAAUGUGAAGCAAGUUUCUGGAAGAUUGAAGCAUCAUGGUGAAGAUGGAAAUGGAGUAGUAGCCAAAAAGUACUCUAGAGAUUUCCUACUGAAAUUCUCAGAGCAGUGUACUGAUCUUCCAGAGGGUUUUGAUACAUCUGAUAUAGCAGAGGUCGUGAUAAUUUCUAAUGUCACUCUUUCUUCUGAAUCAUACCCUAGUCCUGGAAGAAUUAAUGAUCGGUCAAGUGGGGGAUCUCGAACUGACCGCCGUGGGCGUGGCAUGGGUGAAGAUGAAAAAUGGAGUAAAUUUUCUGGUCCUCUUACUCCAGGAAGGGAUCUGAGACUAGAUAUUGGUUUUGCGGGAAAUGCUGUAGGUUUCCGACCUGCCCAAGGAGGCAAUUACGGUGUUUUAAGAAACCCAGGUGUGCAGACUCCUGGUCAGUAUGGUGGGGGCAUUCUAUCUGGGCCGAUGCAUUCCAUGGGUUCUCAAGGAGGUAUGCAACGAAAUAGCCCUGAUUCUGACAGGUGGCAGCGUGCUACUGCUUUUCAGAAGGGUUUAAUUCCUUCUCCUCAGACUCCUUUACAAGUAAUGCACAGAGCUGAGAGGAAGUAUCAAGUGGGUAAAGUGAAUGAUGAAGAAGAGGCCAAGCAGAGGCGGUUGAAAGCUAUUCUAAAUAAGCUAACUCCCCAGAACUUCGAAAAACUUUUUAAACAAGUUAAAGCGGUUAAUAUUGACACUGCCGUCACUCUCACUGGCGUAAUCUCACAGAUCUUUGAUAAAGCUUUAAUGGAACCAACUUUCUGUGAAAUGUAUGCCGACUUCUGUUAUCAUCUUUCUGGAGAAUUACCUGAUUUCAGUGAAGACAAUGAGAAGAUUACUUUCAAAAGAUUACUUCUGAACAAAUGCCAAGAGGAAUUUGAGAGGGGGGAAAGAGAGCAGGAAGAAGCCAAUCGAGCUGAGGAGGAAGGUGAGGUUAAACAAUCUGAAGAGGCAAGAGAGGAGAAGAGAAUCCAGGCUCGAAGAAGAAUGUUGGGUAACAUUAGACUGAUUGGAGAGUUGUACAAGAAGAGGAUGUUGACUGAGAGAAUAAUGCAUGAAUGCAUAAAGAAGUUGUUGGGUCAGUACCAGAAUCCUGAUGAGGAAGAUAUUGAAGCUUUGUGCAAAUUAAUGAGCACAAUUGGAGAAAUAAUUGAUCAUCCCAAAGCCAAGGAGCACAUGGAUGCAUAUUUUGAUAUGAUGGAGAGGUUAUCAAACAACAUGAAACUGUCUUCUAGGGUAAGGUUCAUGCUGAGGGAUGCAAUUGAUCUGAGAAAGAACAAAUGGCAGCAGAGGAGGAAAGUUGAAGGGCCGAAGAAGAUUGAUGAAGUUCACAGGGAUGCUGCUCAAGAACGCCAGACACAAGCUAGUAGGCUGGCUCGUGGUCCAAGCAUUGGCUCUUCAAAUAGAAGGGGUCAACCCAUGGAUUUUGGUCCAAGAGGGUCAAACAUGUUAUUUUCUCCAACCCAGAUGGGGAAUUUCAGGGGCCCAAGCACACAGCUCCGGGGUUAUGGCACUCAAGAUAUUCGGCAUGGCACUCAAGAUGUUCGGAUGGAAGAAAGACAAUCAUUCGAGAAUAGGACAUUGUCCGUUCCUUUGCCUCAGAGACCUAUUGGUGACGAUUCUAUUACUCUUGGUCCACAAGGUGGUCUUGCUAGGGGAAUGUCUUUUAGAGGACAACCAUCAAUGGCAAGCAUUCCAGAUACACCAAAUCCUGGUGAGUCCAGAAGAGUGACUGUUGGCCUAAAUGGUUAUGACCAGUCCAGUACACAAGAGCGGAACAUGAAUCACGGGAACAGGGCCCUAAGGAAUCCAGACAAUAGUUUUGAUAGAUCUCUGCCAACUUCACCACCCAAAAGAGGUCGGGGACCGGCUUCCACGCAAAAUGUUUCUUUAGAGAAGGUGUGGCCAGAAGAACGCCUGCGAGACAUGUCCAUGGCAGCAAUUAAAGAAUUCUACAGUGCCAAAGAUGAGAAAGAAGUUGUUCUCUGUGUCAAAGAUUUGAACGCCCCAAGCUUCUAUCCAUCGAUGGUAUCCAUCUGGGUAACAGAUUCCUUUGAAAGGAAGGACAUGGAGAGGGAUCUUUUGGCUAAGCUUCUCAUCAACCUUGCAAAAUCACGGGAGAUCAUAUUAAGUCCAGAUCAGCUUGCCAAAGGGUUUGAAUCUGUUCUCAAUAAUACCUUGGAGGAUGCUGUCAAUGAUGCCCCCAAAGCACCCGAAUUUCUUGGUCACAUCUUUGCCAAAGUCAUCUUAGAAAACUUGAUCACAUUUUCAGACAUCGCACAAUUGAUACAUGAAGGUGGGGAGGAGCAAGGACGUCUGGUAGAAAUGGGGCUUGCAGCUGAAGUAGUUGGUAGCAUCCUGGAUAUAAUAAAAUUGGAGAGAGGAGAAUCCGUCCUGAAUGAGAUUCAUACAAGCUCCAGACUGCCACUAGAAAAAUUCCGGCCUCCUGAUCCUAGCCUAUCACGGAGACUGGAUAAGUUUAUUGGAGGAUAGGGAUGCUCAUUGUAUGUGGUUAGAAGAAAUUGAUGUCUAGUGCUUUUAGGGUACAUUUUUCAGUUUGCAGAAA